AAUGGCGGAUAAGCGUCGUCAGCAGUUCUCUUAAAGAAACCGAGUGUAUUAAAAAUUAAAGUUAUAUUUUAAACAUGCUUUAUAUGCAUUAGAUACUAACUGUGAUUGAGCAGCGUAUUAAGUAAAUAAAUUUUACUGUGUGUAUAAUGUUAACUUUAAAAAUAUAAAUUUAAUUUAUGCCACUUUUAUGACUAUAAAUCAAUAUCAUCGUAAUAUCGAUAUUUGCCAGAGUUUCCGUUUUAUAGAAAGGAAACUGUGAUCAUCAUGUGGAAGAUAAUAAUAUUGUGCACAAUGAGCCUGGUGACCGCCGACCAGGCUACUUUUCACAAUUACAAGGUUUUCAAAAUUGCCACGACUACAAAGAAGCAAGCUGAAUUGCUCAACCAGUUGACAGACAAACCAGAUGGAUUUUCCUUCUGGAAGGAUCCGUUCGUAAAUAAAGUAGCGGAACUUAUGGUAGCUCCGCAUAAGCUGUCCGAAUUUCACGAAAUAAUGACGCAGAUUCAAGCACUCUAUGAAAUUUAUAUUGAGAAUGUUCAGGAAUUAAUCAAUCGAACAAUGUCCACAUGUGCAUCGAGAUUUGAUUUUAAAAGCUAUCAUACUCUCGAUACAAUUCACAAAAAGAUGGAUGACUUGGAAAAGAAGCAUCCUGAUAAAGUACAAACUGUCGUGGGCGGUAAGUCGUACGAGGGACGUCCGAUCAAAGGCGUCAAGGUUUCCUUUAAACCCAACAAUCCUGGAAUCUUUAUCGAGGGUGGCAUUCAUGCCAGGGAAUGGAUCUCGCCGGCAACUGUCAUGUACAUCCUUCAUCAAUUGCUGACAAGCAACAAUCCGGAGGUCAGAGCUCUGGCUGAGAGCCACGAUUGGUAUAUCUUCCCAUCGUUCAAUCCUGAUGGAUACGUGUACACGCACACCACGAACCGAUUAUGGAGAAAGACACGUAAGCGGUACACGAAUAAGUGUUAUGGCAGCGACCCUAACAGAAAUUGGGCUUACCAAUGGAAUACUGGCGGCUCUAGCAAUUCUCCUUGUUCCGAUAUUUAUGCUGGAGAUGCGCCGUUUUCCGAAAUAGAAACGAAAAGCAUGUCUCAAUAUAUCAGAUCCAUUUCUGACAAAUUCUACGCAUAUAUCUCAUUUCACAGUUAUUCUCAAUAUUUGAUGUUUCCUUAUGGCCACACAAAGGAUCAUCUUGAGAAUUAUCAAGAUUUGUAUGCCAUUGCCUCGAAAUCAAUUGCAGCUCUCAAUAAAAGAUAUGGAACUGAAUAUUAUACUGGAAAUACUGCCGAAAUGGUUGGCAUAGCUAGUGGAGGUUCUGUGGAUUAUGUCAAAGGCAUUUUUCAUAUACCCAUUGUCUAUGUUUACGAAUUGCGCGAUCGCGGUCGUUACGGUUUCUUAUUGCCUUCCGAUCAGAUUAUCCCGACUGGAGAAGAAACUUUAGAUUCUCUUGUAGCUAUGUUUAAAGCGGCAAAGGCACUUGGGUAUCCCAAAAAUAAUUCAAGUAGAUUGAAUUUCUAAAUUCAAUAAAAUUCGUUUAAAAUUUUGAAAUCACAGCGUCUAGCGGUUGUAAUGACAAAAGUUAAACAUAUUCAAUUUUUUUGAGCGAAUAGUUGACCGAUUUAGUAGUAGUGCCAAAGAAGCUUCGUGUCAAGAUGACAGCAUCAAAAAAGCUCCGGUGGAAAAUAAAUCAGCGGGCGACUAGCGAAUAAUUCAGCGUACUGCUCAUGCGCAACGGAGCGACUUUUAUUUGUUUUGAGUAAGCUUCUCAAUUUGCUAGUAAAAACUUUUUCUAAUCGCUCGACUACUGUUUGUUAGCGUCUCAAAUUUUGAAAUCGCGUCUAGCAUCUAAUGAAGAAAGCCAGAUUUAGAAAGAGCAAGAAGAAUAAAAGAAGAAUAAAAGAAGCCAGUAACUAGCGUCAAAAAAUGCUAUUGUCAUGUUUAUCUUUUUGUCACAGCGACUACUAGUCUCUGCGAUUUCAACAUUUUAAACGCUAGUGAAUAGAAAACGAGCGACUGGAAGAAAUUUUUAUCAGAGAGUUUGCUAACGAAUUAAGAAACUUGCUCAAAACGCACUAAAAGUCACUCCGUGUAACCAGCUUUAAAAACAGAUAAUGUAAGGCGCAAAUAAACAUAAUAUAUAAUCAUUGGAUUUUAAAACAAUAGGAUGUGAAAACUAUAAAAUUAAACAUAGAU